UUAUUCAAGUAGUUUAUUUGCGCCUUGAUAAAGACCGGUUACCAGUUACCAGUGAGCCUCCGAAGAAACUACGACUCCCGAGAAUAGCCGAAGGUCUUCGAAGCAGCUGUCUUCAACCAGCGCAAAAACAGAUAGCAGAGGAUUAUUACACGACUCGGCAACAGCCAUACAGACCGGAUCGCGUACAAUUACUGUUAAAGAUACUUCAAUUAAUUUAUACAAUGUUAAAAAAUAUAUUUGCUGUCUCUUAAUAAAUUACAGAGAAAGGCGUUUUUCGUGAUUUAUCAAUCACAUGGUUCUCUAUCUUAGAUCAAUACUGUUGAUACAUUUUAGAGCAAAGAUAACAAUAGUGGAAGCACUAAAAAAAAAUGUUGACUACUAAUAACAUGAACUUGUUUAACGUACCAAGACACAGCGCGUCAUCGUCUAUCGCACAUAUUUACUCAUUCGCAAAUUUCUAGUCGACCAUGUGGACGUGUGAUCCGGCGUUGACUUCUAAUAUCGUGAACAGUUAUCAUGCAACAGGGCCGAUAUUCAUGCAGGCCCUGGCCACUUUCUUCGCGGCGCAGUGCUCUAUUGCCGGCGAUCAUCUGUGGCCGGAAGACGCUAUCGAGGAAGUUGUCAAAGAUCCAUACUAUGAUUUUAUCGUAGUGGGAGCAGGAUCCGCGGGUGCUGUAGUCGCAAACCGUCUUAGCGAGGUAUCGAAAUGGAAAGUACUGUUGGUUGAAGCUGGAGGGAAUCCAACGUUGAACACAGAGAUACCGCAAGUUUUCUUCAACACUUUUGGGAGUGAUGCAGACUGGGCAUAUACGAAUGUACCACAACCAAAUGCAUGUCGCGGUUAUAAAUCUAAUAGUUGUACGUGGCCCAGAGGUAAGGCAUUGGGUGGUUCCAGCACUAUCAAUGGAAUGUAUUACGUAAGAGGUAAUAAAUUAGAUUACGACGAAUGGGCGGCAGCAGGCAACUACGGUUGGAGCUAUGAAAAAGUUCUACCCUAUUUCAAAAAAAGUGAAAAAUUCAUCACUGACUCAUCUGGAGAUGACAAAUAUCAUGGUACUGAAGGGUAUUUAUAUGUUACCAAAGAUAAAAAUAAUAAUCCUUUUGAAGAACUACUCAUUAAAGCUUACACAGAAAUAGGGGUGAAAAAUCUGAGCGACGUAAACGGUGUUAACCAAAUGGGAGUAACAAGAGCGCAAACUACAAUUCAUAAUGGCAUUAGAAUUAGUACCGCACGGGCUUUUUUAAGCCCAAUAACAAAUAGAAAAAAUUUACAUGUCAUUAAAAAUACACUCGCUACUAAAAUAUUGUUUGAAAAGAAUACUAAUAUCGUUAGUGGAAUUUCAAUACACAGAGAUGGAAAAGAUAUAACAGUGAACAUAAAAAAGGAGUUAAUAGUAUCGGGUGGGUCUAUAAAUUCACCGCAGCUUUUAAUGUUGUCCGGGAUUGGACCGAAAAGUGAUUUAAAAAAUUUAGGAAUAGACGUUGUAGCCGAUUUGCCAGUAGGCGAAAAUUUACAAGAUCAUAUAUACAUUCCAAUUGUUUUCAAAGCUCCUGCGGAAGAUGGCAUGUCUCUAACGCUGCCGAUAAUAGCAAUAGAAUACAUUAACUAUAUUACUUCUAAGCAAGGAACGCUGUCUGAUACAAGUCCACAUAAGAUAAUUACAUUUGUUAACACUACAGAUUCCACAGCCACUAGUCCAGAUAUGCAGUUUCACCACGUCGUGUUUCCCCCAAAUGUACAUCUUUUGUUGGACAUGUUCGAAAAACAUGGCUUAAAGGAAAACAUUGUUCAGCAAUUCAGAGAACUUAACAAAGACAAUAUUAUAAUUUUGAUAGCAGCGACGUUAUUAAAACCUAAAAGCAAAGGAAAGAUAAUUCUUAAAAGUAAGAACCCUUUUGAGUAUCCCCUUAUUUAUGCAAAUUACUUCGACGAUCCCGAGGAUAUGAAAACAUUAUUAAGAGGAAUAACACAGUACGUUUUUAAAUUAGCAGCCACAGAUUCCUUUAAGGCAAGCGGUCUACAAUUAGAUUGGUUGAAACUUGAAGCUUGUGAAAAGUAUAAUACCGAAAGUAAUGAAUUUUUAGAUUGUUAUUCGAGAGAAAUGACAAUUUCUUUGUAUCACCCAACAAGCACAGUCAAAAUGGGACCAGAUAGUGAUUCUUCGGCAGUUGUAAACUCAGAGUUGAAAGUCAGGAAAGUACAAAAAUUGAGGGUUAUCGAUGCCAGUAUAAUGCCAGAUGUUUUAAGAGGCAAUACUAAUGCACCGACAAUAAUGAUUGGAGAAAAGGGUGCAGAUCUAAUCAAAGAAUUUUGGUUAAAACAUACGGAGCUGUGACGGAUAAAACAAAAAAUAUAUUAAAAAUCUAUUCGACUUAUUGAACUUAUUUCUUCCAUUAUGAUCACAUUUCAACUACUCCGACGGGGCCAUUAGAUAGAGUUUUAUCACAAUUGUAGAUGGAUGGUUCACAGUUCAAUACACAAACCUCACUGAAAUCACAACGUGAAUUUCACUACCCACUUUAAGACAUAAUGCCGCAGUGUUAAGAGAAUAGCGGUCUCUAUUUGCUGCAUACAAACGUCCUGCCCUAUUUUUCUCUGUGGGUUAUUACACUUCAGCUAAUAAUACUUUUAUCAUACCACAUACAUAUGUAUAUAUUAUAUGUAUGUCUACCUAUUGUUUCUAUGAUCAUGAGUUUGGCUUUAAUUUAUAAAUCUACGUAUAUAAAUGUUCAUAUUUUCCAACGUUUUCACAAAGCGCACAACUUAUGAAUAAAAAAUAAACAAAGUUAAUAGUUAAA